UAUAAGUCUCGACGCAUUAAACACGCCCGGUCACUGCGAGGCGUAAAAGGAAGUGAUGCGUGUCUCCUACUCCAGCGCGACACGCCCAGCUCAGGAAAGCGCCUUUUUAACGUCCAAGAUAUGUCCUCAUUAAGUGGAAAAUCUGAUGAGGAGAUCAGCCAGCUGCUGGAUGAAUAUGGCAUUAAACAUGGACCCAUACUAGAAUCCACACGGAAUCUCUAUAAAAAGAAACUGAGUGAAGCUAUGACCAAAAAUGCUAAGCCUUCCUCGUCUAACAAGACGUACUACCGAGAAGAACAGGAGGAAGUGGAAUAUAUUACCUAUCAGCCCCCACAAUUGAGCAUAUACGAUGGAUCUGGUGAUGUCACAAGGAGGUCAAAGGUCACCGGUGCCGAUUUUGCCCACGACAUACGGAGGUCAAAGCUGACUGAUUACAGAGAUGAAGACAUAGGCUAUAACAAUGAGCCCAUUAUCAGCCCAGCUCGCUCGUCCUAUCAGAGUUCUUCUCGGCCAGGCCCCUCAGACUCCACAUCCAUGCAGCGUGGUCAGUCCAGUCCAGAGACCAGCAAAUCUGGAGGUGUGCCGGGCUGGCUUCGUGUCUUGGUGUUUCUUAUCAUUGCUGUGUUUCUUUAUUACGUUUACACGUGUAUGGAGCCUGCAGAGGAGAUCCCCCUUAAAAGCAUUCAGUAGAGGAACAGUGAGAUGUUUUAUAUAUGUUCAUCAGCCCCAAACUAAACUGAUUCAGUACAAGAACAACCAAGAAUAUAGCCUGGAAUAAGAGCAAAUAAUAAUCUGUUUGAGUACAGAUUGUGAGGUUUAGUACCAGUUGUCGUACAUACACUUGUGCAUAAUGCGUAAAGUUUUAUCCAAAUGCUUGCUUUGUGCAUUUUUUUAAUCAAACCGAUACAGAUGUAAACACUACCAAAAUGCCUUUUUAUUAUAUAUAUAUAUAUAUGUA